GGGCCGCUGUAUUUAUCAGUAUUUGUGCGUAUUUAUCAGUGUUUAUCGGUUUUUUAUCGGUAUUGAUUACCGCACCUCAAAUUUUCCCAAUGCGGACAAAUGAGCAUCAACUCUCCUCAACAACGUCUUCAAUUCUGCACCUCCACGUUCUCUUCAUCUCUGCACUCCUCUUCUUCCCCCGUACUCUCUGUCACUGUUGCUAUCCUGGUCCGGACAAAAGGAGGAGUGUUCAACAUCAUUCAACAGUUACUUCGUCUCAUUCUUUUUGACCGCUGCUUAUGAAUUGAAUGCCGCUUCGUGCCCGCGGUGCUCUCCUUUCCUCCCAACAUCUCCCCCCCCCUUUCCCCAAUCAUCUCUUCAACAUCCUCCUUCCUCUUGUGAAGCUAGGGGACUGUCGCGAUCUCUAUCUGCCUUGCAACCGCCGUUCAUAAAACCUACGGUGUGCCUCUGUCUGUCAACAUCAUGUACGGCACUUCUACAGGCCCCCAGACGGGCAUUAAUACUCCACGAUCCUCUCAAUCUCUCCGCCCUCUCAUCCUCUCCCAUGGCUCCCUCGAGUUCUCAUUCCUAGUCCCCACCUCCCUACAUUUCCACGCCCAUCAACUCAGGGACUCCUUUUCCGCCUCCCUCCCCGCCCCCACAGAUGAAUUGGCUCAGGAUGACGAGCCUUCCUCCGUGCAAGAGCUUGUCGCAAGAUAUCUAGGCUAUGUUGCCAGCCAGGUAGAGGAAGGCGAGGACGAUGCGCAGGGCUCUUAUGUCGAAGUAUUGAAGCUUAUUCUGAACGAAUUCGAGCGCGCCUUCAUGCGGGGCAACGAUGUACAUGCCAUCGCCUCGACUCUUCCAGGAAUCACCGCAAAGAAGCUUCUCGUCGUACAGUCCUACUAUGCAGGUCGUGCGGCGGUAAAUCGGCCCACUAAACCACACGAUUCUGCUUUGCUACGUGCGGCUGCAGAUGGCAAUGCACAGCUGUACAGCGUCUUUGGCGGCCAGGGAAACAUCGAGGAGUACUUUGAUGAGCUCCGGGAAAUCUACACUACAUACCCUUCCUUCGUAGAGGAUCUUAUCACAUCUUCCGCAGAGCUUCUCCAGUCUCUUACGCGCGACCCGGACGCCAUCAAGCUCUACUCAAAAGGCAUGGAUAUUGUACGAUGGCUCCGGGAUCGCGAGUCACAGCCAGAUACCGAUUAUCUGGUGUCUGCACCCGUCAGUCUUCCCCUGAUCGGUCUGGUACAGCUCGCACAUUUCGUGACGACAUGUAAAGUCAUGGGAAAACAGCCUGGCGAAGUCCUGGAGAGGUUCAGCGGGACUACGGGCCAUUCCCAGGGCAUUGUCACCGCAGCAUUGAUCUCAACUACGACUACCUGGGAGAGCUUUCACAAGGCCGCCCGAAAUGCCUUGACCAUGCUCUUCUGGAUCGGUAUGCGAAGCCAACAAGCAUACCCGCGAACCUCGCUUGCCCCAUCUAUCCUUCAAGAUUCAAUUGAAAACGGCGAAGGUGUGCCAACACCCAUGUUGUCUAUUCGAGAUCUUGCCCGCUCCGCUGUCCAAGAGCAUAUCGAUGCCACCAACCAACAUUUACCUCAAGAUCGCCAUAUCGCCAUCUCUCUGGUAAAUAGUGCCCGCAAUUUUGUGGUGACUGGUCCUCCCAUUUCUCUCUACGGUCUAAAUCUUCGAUUGCGCAAGGUUAAGGCGCCAACCGGAUUAGAUCAGACUCGUGUGCCGUAUACACAGCGCAAAGUCCGUUUUGUCAAUCGUUUCCUCCCAAUAACCGCCCCCUUCCACAGUCAAUAUCUCGCUUCUGCUUUCGAACAGAUUACGGAAGAUCUGGAGGACUUGGUCAUCCCAUCCAAGUCCCUGCGUAUUCCCGUCUACGAUACCAAUACCGGUGAAGACUUGCGGGACAGAGACGAAGAUAUCGCCCCAGCUUUAAUUCGCAUGAUUACGAGAGACCCUGUCAACUGGGAGAAUGCCACCGUUUUCCCCAAGGCAACUCACAUCCUGGACUUCGGACCAGGAGGCAUUUCCGGCCUGGGUGUUUUGACCAACCGCAACAAAGAUGGUACUGGCGUGCGCGUUAUUCUUGCCGGAGCAAUGGAUGGCACCAACGCGGAAGUGGGUUACAAACCAGAGCUGUUUGACCGCGACGAGGAACAUGCUGUCAAGUAUGCUGUGGAUUGGGUUAAGGAGCACGGCCCACGGUUAGUCAAAACGUCUGUUGGCCAGACAUUUGUGGACACGAAAAUGAGCAGGCUGCUUGGUGUGCCUCCCAUCAUGGUUGCUGGUAUGACUCCUACAACUGUCCCCUGGGACUUUGUUGCUGCCACCAUGAACGCAGGAUAUCAAAUCGAACUCGGUGGUGGUGGAUACUACGACCCUAAAAUUAUGACGGAAGCUCUUAACAAUAUUGAGAAGAAUAUUCCCCCUGGUCGCGGUAUCACUGUUAACCUGAUCUACGUGAACCCGCAGGCUAUGGGCUGGCAAAUCCCUCUGAUUAGCAAAUUGCGCGCUAACGGCGUCCCUAUUGAAGGUCUGACCAUUGGUGCGGGUGUCCCAUCCAUCGAAGUAGCCAACGAGUACAUCCAAACUCUCGGCAUCAAGCAUAUUGGUUUCAAGCCUGGUUCAAUGGAUGCUAUCCAGCAGGUGGUCAACAUCGCCAGAGCGAACCCUACUUUCCCUGUUAUCAUGCAGUGGACCGGAGGGCGUGGCGGUGGUCAUCAUUCCUUUGAGGAUUUCCAUCAGCCAAUCCUGCAGAUGUACAGUCGCCUUCGGAGAUGCGAUAAUAUCGUUCUGGUUGCUGGUAGCGGGUUUGGCGGGUCUCAAGAUACUUAUCCCUACCUGACCGGAUCCUGGUCGAGACAAUUCGGAUACCCUCCCAUGCCCUUCGAUGGAUGCCUCUUUGGUAGUCGCAUGAUGACCGCUAAGGAAGCACACACCUCCAAAGCCGCUAAACAGGCCAUUGUUGAUGCUGAGGGCGUCGAUGAUAGCCGCUGGGAAGAUACAUAUAACAAGCCUACCGGCGGUGUCAUCACGGUUCGUUCCGAGAUGGGCGAACCUAUCCACAAGCUGGCCACGCGAGGUGUCCGUUUCUGGCACGAGAUGGACCAGAAGAUAUUCUCCCUGGACAAAGCUAAGCGUCUGCCAGAGCUGAAGAAGCAGCGCGAUUAUAUCAUUAAGCGGUUGAAUGCUGAUUUCCAAAAGGUGUGGUUUGGACGUAACUCGCAGGGCGACACUGUGGAUUUGGAAGAUAUGACAUAUGCCGAGGUCGUGCAUCGCAUGGUGGACCUAAUGUAUGUUAAGCAUGAGUCGCGAUGGAUCGAUGACUCUCUGAAACGACUCGCGGGCGAUUUUAUCCGACGGGUCGAGGAGCGGUUUACUUCAAUAGGGGGACAGCCAUCGUUGCUACAAACUUACUCGCAGCUCGACACUCCAUAUCCAGCUGUCGACAACAUCCUAAACGCAUACCCUGAGGCAGCGUCACAGCUAAUUUCUGCACAGGAUGUUCAGCACUUCCUCCUCCUCUGCCAGCGCCGCAUCCAGAAGCCAGUGCCAUUCGUCCCCUCCCUCGACGAUAACUUCGAGUUCUGGUUUAAGAAGGACUCCCUCUGGCAAUCCGAGGACCUCGAAGCCGUAGUGGGUCGGGACGUGGGCCGCGUAUGUAUCCUCCAAGGUCCUGUGGCUGCCAAAUACUCCACCAAAAUCGACGAGCCCGUCAAAGAUAUUCUCGAUGGCAUCCACAAUGACCAUAUCAAGGGCCUCAUCCAGGACGUCUACGGUGGCGAUGAAUCCAAUGUCCCCGUCGUCGAGUACUUUGGCGGUCAGCUGCUGCUAGAAACCGAUGAGGAGCGCGACAUCGACGGCCUAACCGUCUCCGAAGACGCAAACAAAAUCUCUUAUCGUCUCUCUCCUUCAACCUCUGGCAGCCUCCCCGAUCUCGACCACUGGUUACAUCUGCUCGCGGGCAAGACAUUCUCUUGGCGCUAUGCUAUGUUCACCGCUGAGGUGUUCAUUCAGGGCCAGAAGUUCCAGACGAACCCGAUGAAGCGUAUCCUCGCACCAACCCCAGGCAUGUUUGUUGAAAUCCAGUAUCCCAACGAUUCGCGCAAGACCGUCAUCAGCGUCCGCGAGCCAUCCACCGCCGGCAAACUUGUCAAGACGGUCGAAGUGCGGACGAACGGUGAGCGGGAAAUUUCCUUGACCUUGUUUGAAGGGCGGACUGCAGAGGCCGGAGUUGUUCCUCUCUCCUUCCGUUUCACAUAUCAUCCAGAAACAGGGUACGCGCCCAUUCGCGAAGUUAUGGAUGAUCGAAAUGACCGGAUCAAGGAGUUUUAUUACCGUGUUUGGUUUGGCGAACGGAAUGUUCCCUUCGAUACGCCUGCUACUGCAAUCUUCGAUGGCGGCAAGGCCACUGUUACCAGCCAGGCCAUUGCGGAUUUCGUGCACGCUGUGGGCAAUACCGGCGAGGCGUUUGUGGAUCGACCCGGGAAGGAGGUCUUUGCGCCGAUGGAUUUCGCCAUCGUUGUUGGCUGGAAGGCUAUCACUAAACCCAUUUUCCCUCGCGUCAUUGAUGGUGAUCUGUUGAAGUUGGUGCAUCUGUCCAACGGCUUCAGGAUGAUUCCUGGCGCCGAGCCAUUGAAAGUUGGCGAUACUCUCGAGACCACUGCCCAAGUUAAUGCGGUGAUUAAUCAAGACUCCGGGAAGAUGGUUGAAGUUUGCGGAACGAUUAGGAGGGAGGGCAAGCCGAUUAUGGAGGUAACUAGUCAGUUCCUGUAUCGUGGGUCGUAUAACGAUUAUGAGACUACGUUCCAGCGCAAGGAGGAGGUGCCCAUGCAGCUCCAUCUGGAGUCGACGAAGGACGUCGCUGUGCUGCAAUCGAAGGAAUGGUUCCGUCUCGAUGAGCCUGAUGUGGACCUUCUCGGCCAGACCCUCACAUUCCGUCUGCAAAGUCUUGUCCGUUUCAAGAACCAAACUAUCUUCAGCAGUGUGCAGACAAUGGGGCAAGUGCUCCUCGAACUACCCACUAAGGAAGUUAUCCAGGUUGCUUCGGUAGAGUACGAAGCCGGCACCUCCCACGGGAACCCAGUUAUCGACUAUCUCCAACGCCAUGGCUCAGCCAUCGAGCAACCCGUCCACUUUGAAAACCCGAUCCCUCUCAGCGGAAAGACGCCACUUACCCUGCGCGCACCCUCGUCCAAUGAAACUUACGCGCGCGUGUCGGGUGAUUACAAUCCCAUUCACGUCUCCCGCGUCUUCUCCAGCUACGCCAACUUACCCGGCACAAUCACGCAUGGCAUGUAUACCAGUGCGGCCGUGCGGAGCCUCGUCGAGACAUGGGCAGCAGAGAACAACAUUGGGCGCGUGCGCAGCUUCCACGCCUCGCUAGUUGGCAUGGUGCUGCCAAACGAUGACCUCGUUGUCGUCCUCCAGCACGUUGGCAUGGUGGCUGGCCGGAAAAUCAUUAAGGUCGAAGCAAGCAACCAGGCGACGGAAGAAAAGGUUCUGCUCGGUGAAGCCGAAGUCGAACAGCCGGUAUCCGCAUAUGUGUUUACUGGCCAGGGUUCUCAAGAACAAGGAAUGGGCAUGGACCUGUAUAAUUCCAGCCCUGUGGCCAAGGAAGUUUGGGACCGCGCCGAUAAGCACUUCAUCGAGAACUACGGCCUGUCGAUCAUCAACAUUGUCAAGAAUAACCCACAGGAGCUCACGAUUCACUUCGGUGGACCCCGCGGCAAAAUCAUCCGUCAAAAUUACAUGUCCAUGACCUUCGAGACGGUCAACGCUGACGGCAGCAUUAAAUCCGAGAAGAUCUUCAAGGAUGUGGAUGAGAAUAGCACCUCGUACACCUACAGGUCACCUACGGGCCUUCUCUCCGCAACGCAAUUCACCCAGCCAGCUCUGACGUUGAUGGAAAAGGCCAGCUUCGAGGACAUGCGGUCGAAGGGCCUAGUGCAGCGCGACAGCAGUUUCGCCGGACACUCCUUGGGCGAGUACUCGGCGCUUGCGGCACUCGCUGACGUGAUGCCGAUCGAAUCUCUUGUGUCUGUUGUGUUCUACCGUGGUCUGACAAUGCAAGUCGCCGUCGAGCGAGAUGAAACGGGUCGGUCCAAUUACUCUAUGUGUGCGGUGAAUCCGAGCCGAAUCUCGAAGACGUUCAACGAACAGGCGCUGCAGUAUGUUGUGGAGAAUAUUGCGGAGCAGACGGGCUGGUUGUUAGAGAUUGUCAAUUAUAAUAUUGCGAAUAUGCAGUAUGUUUGUGCCGGAGAUCUCCGUGCCCUCGACACCCUCACCAACGUCCUGAACGUCCUCAAAGCCCAAAAGAUAGACAUCACAACCCUAAUGUCCACAAUGUCCAUCGAUGAUCUACGCGCCCACCUCGUCGAAAUCAUCACCUCCUGCUCCCAACUUACCAACUCCAAACCCCAACCCAUCGUGCUCGAGCGCGGCUUCGCCACCAUCCCGCUCAAGGGCAUCGACGUCCCCUUCCACAGCACCUUCCUGCGCUCUGGCGUGAAACCAUUCCGAUCCUUCCUGCUCAAGAAGAUUAACAAGACAACCAUUGACCCGAGCAAGUUGAUUGGGAAGUAUAUUCCGAACGUCACUGCGAAGCCGUUUGAGUUGACCAAGGAGUACUUUGAGGAUGUGUAUAAGUUGACGAAUUCGCCGAGGAUUGGGGCUGUGCUUGCGAAUUGGUCGAAGUAUGAAGAUGGGGAGAAAUAAGUGGUUUCGGGAGAGAAACAAUGCAUAUGGACAGGGAAAUUGGCACGGAAGACGUGGAAAAUAUGUUGGCGUUUAUUUAAUUUUUUUUUCCCUUUUCUCAUGUUUUUUUUUGUGUUUAUGAAUGUUUCAGUUGCAAUGGUUGUUUAUUUGGUUCUUAUUCCCAAUACUUAAUACUCUUCCUAACGGUUUUUUAUGUUAUGAUUAUUUUUGAGUUUGAUUGUUUUCAUUUUACACAGUGCCCUCUUCUCUUUUUGUGAUUACCGUUUUGCUAGCUGUGGAUUAGAUAGAUGGAAUAGAUUUACUGCGUAGAUAGGUACGGAGUAGUUGGAAACCCAGUCAACCUUCUUUUGUCAUACAAUUCAUAUCUAACUAAUCCGAUUUUAAAACGGACCGGAAGAUAGCUCAGUUUCUCAACGAAACGUGAAUGGCAGGAAGGGAAACCGCCCAUACAUAUAACCAUAACUCUGAUAAAAUUUAAGAUAUAAUUGUCCGAAAUCGCCAAUCUCCAGCCAUCUGUCCUGGAAUUCAAAGUAAAACCCAUAAUGACAAAAUCAUGAUAUGAAAGGGGCAUAUAUGACAAGCUCUAAAUAAAGGCCAGGCCACCCCCCUUAUCUUUUCUCUGGAGCAUUUCCCUUCCCGUUGCCUUGUAUUAAUCUCCUGCUUUCUAUUUGUAUAUCUCCAUCCCUUUAAGGGCUUACGAUCACGAUCCGUCAAAAUCAAACAAUGUCAAAAAAACCCAGACGCUUGCACCCACCCAUGAACAGAGCAUAAAUUUUGAAGAAACAGGGGGAAAAAAAAAAA